UUUGGUUUGUAGUUUUUGUGCCACUCCAGGACUUCUAGCUCUUACUUUCCCUAACUCUACAAUGGCCAGUGAGUACUAAUGGUCACCUUAUGCAGUUUCCAGUAUGGAUUGGUGGUCUGCACAGGAGAGCUGAAGUUUGGCGAGUACAGUGUUGUUGUUGUGUGACAUUGAGUCCAUUCCAAUUCAUAAUGACUCUAUAAAACAGAGUAGAACUUCCCCAUAGGAUUUCCUAGGCUUUAAUCUUUUGGGGAGCAAGUCACCAGUCUUUUAUCCCAUGGAGCAGUUGGUGGGUUUGAACCGCAGACCUUUUGGUUAGCAGCCAAACAUUCAACCAUUGUGCCACCAGUGUUUCUGAGAAAAGAGGGGCAAGUAUAAAUUGGAGUUAGGGAGGGGAUAGAAGGCAUUAGUGGCAGACUAAAGCAGAGAAAAGAGGAGACAUCAUCACACCUCUUCACCCCUUGACCCAUUUCUCCCAGUAUUACCUGUCACUGUGCUUAAGUAUUCAUGUACCUGUCCUUCUUGUCCAAGCAGAGAAUGGGCCAGCUCUCUGUAAUGGUAAAACCCAAGAAGAAUCUCUGGACUUCUCAGCUGUAGGAAGGGGUUGGGCUUGGGGUUGCAUGGGAAAUUGUGGUUCCACCUCAAGUAUGACUCUACUUUCCUGUUUUCAUAGAUUCCACUGGAGGAGAAUGGAUAUUGGAAACAGUUCAUUAGUAACUGAGUUUAUCCUUGUAGGUUUAACAGAACACUCAAAGAUCCAACUCCCCCUCUUCUUCCUCUUCCUAGGAAUCUACAUUGUCACUGUGGCAGGUAACCUGGGAUUUAUCACUCUAAUUGGCCUGAAUGCUCACCUUCAUACCCCUAUGUACUACUUCCUCUUUAAUUUAUCCUUCACUGAUCUCUGUUACUCUUCUGUCAUCACCCCAAAACUGCUGGUAAACUUUGUGUCGAAGAUGAACAUCAUCUCCUACGCAGGAUGCAUGACUCAGCUCUUUUUCUACUGCUUCUUUGUGAGUGCAGAGUGCUAUGUGUUGACAGUGAUGGCCUAUGAUCGCUAUGUGGCCAUCUGCAAACCUCUGCUGUACACGGUCACAAUGUCCCCUCAAGUCUGUUCUCUGUUGGCUGUGAUUGUAUAUGUGGGAGCAUUUAUUGCUGCCUGGGCCCACACAGGAUGCAUGCUGAGGCUGACCUUCUGCGAUGCCAACACAAUCAACCACUACAUGUGUGACAUCCUCCCCCUCUUGGAGCUCUCCUGCACCAGCACUCACAUCAAUGAACUGAUUGUUUUCGCUGUUGUGGGCUUUAAUGUUGCUGUGCCCUGCCUCAACAUCAUUGUCUCUUAUGCUUACAUUCUCUCCAGCAUUCUCCACAUUCACUCCAGGGAAGGAAGGGCCAAGGCUUUCAGCACUUGUAGCUCACAUGUAAUUGUUGUUUGUGUUUUCUUUGGAUCAGGGGCAUUCAUGUACCUCCAUCCUUCUUCUGUUUUGUCCAUGGACCAGGGGAAAGUGUCCACCGUGUUCUAUACCAUUGUUGUGCCCAUGCUCAAUCCUCUGAUAUACAGCUUCAGGAACAAGGAGGUUAAAAUUGCCCUGAAGAAAAGUUUCAGUAGAAAAACAUUUUCCUGAGCUAGAGGUCUAUUAAUUACUGUAAGAUGAGUCAGGCUUCUCUUUAAAUUGUUUUUCUUGCUACUCAAUUCUUCAUACAGAAAGAAGUGAGAUAUGAUAGAAGAGACAUUCGAUUUGGAAUCAGGAUGUCUGGGUUGAAGGCUAUUCAA